GGUUAAGUGUGGAGUGAGCAUGCUCAGCAGGCCGCUGUGGAGUUUGAACCUUUGGCUGCAGCAGAAUGGCGGCAGCAGGGUCGGCUCUUCGGGUCCAUGCAGCCCGGUUCGGUCCGGGUCAGGAACUCCUUGGAUGUCUCCAGACGUUCGUAGAGGAGAGGCGUCUGCGAGCGCCGUUCAUCAUCACCUGCGUGGGAAGCGUCACCAAGGCAACGCUGAGGCUGGCAAACGCUACGGCAACAAACACAAACGAGGUUCUGCACCUCAGCGGACGUUUUGAGAUCGUCUCCCUGGUCGGGACGCUCAACAGGGACGCCCACGUCCACAUCAGCCUGUCGGAUGCAGAAGGCAGGACGGUGGGAGGCCACGUCCUGGGGGACCUGGAGAUUUUCACCACAGCUGAGGUGGUUAUCGGCGAGGCGGCGGAUCUGCACUUCAGCAGAGAGAUGGACCAGCAGACAGGAUUCCCAGAGCUGGUGGUUCAGACCCGCUCAGAGGUGACAGGAUGAAGGUCAGCUCUCAGCAGAUGGGUUUCAGUCUAAGGAUCAAUUCUUCUUUCAGUUCUUCUGUUUCCUGCCGGAGGGACUGGACCCGGUUCUGUUCAGGGUUCUAUGAUUCUGGAUAAGUUCAGAAUAAAUAAAAUAAAAUAAUGAUUCUACUUCAGUCCAGUUUCUGCUCAGCUGUGAAACCCUCACUGAGGAAAUCUGAAAUAAAAACUUC